ACAGUUGUCAGAGAACAGCACCCCUAAAGAAUACACCAUAUUUAGCCCCUUUCCUUUCACACUGUCUCUUUCGUAUCUCUUCCUUCAAGCCCCUCUAUCUGGCCCCUUCGAAAGCUUCACAGAUCUUGUAUGUUUUAAUUUCUUGAUGUAUACGUUUCUCUGAAUGUGUAAAUUUUUGCACGAACCACAAAGUUACGAUAAAACAGGGGUUUUUCGAUGGUUUAAAACCCUUCCUUUAGCACCAGAGUUUCAUCCAACCCUUGAAGAGUUUAAAGAUCCAAUCGGCUUGCCGAUUAGAGUGGGGGAGAAAGAAUGUUCUUUCUACAUGAGAACUGGUUCAUGCAAGUAUAGGGAAAGCUACAGGUUUCGUCAGCCGGAUCCUACAGCAGCGGGAGGAGGUGACACUACUUUACCAGGUAGGCGUAUUUCUUCAGCAAGAACAAUAAAUGAUACUGCAACACCAUUGAGGUCAAUUAUCUAUGGGCCAACCUCAUUCAUGCCGAACAUGAACGGCUAUGAACUGCAAAAUCAUAUAAAUGAGGAAUUUCGAUUACCAGUCAUAUUGAUGUAUGCUGACAGUACAUCAGCGGAACUGAAAGAAAUUCAGAAUGGGGCAGUUUAUGUCAUGCUAAAGCCUAUAUCGAUUGAUGAAAUCAAAUAUAUAUGGCAGCUUUCUAUAUGGUGGCAAAAGAAAAUUAAUGGCACUGCUCCAUCAAUCAGAGAAAUUAAUAAUCAUUCCGAAGAAAAUGUUAAUACAUUAUCUUCGAAUGGUAUUUACAGUGGAGCCUAAAGACUUUAAGUUAAUAUAUAUUUAAAUAACCGUGAUCCCUGGGAGCCACCAUUGUGGAUGAACUUAAAGGAAGACUCACCCCGACUCCUCCCGCAUGAUUAAACAUUCAUGGUGAACCACAUUUGUUGAUGACGGUGAUGAUGUAAUAACAUCAUAUAAGCUAGAUAUCGAUUGAGCGGGAACAGUUCCUGUACCAGUGGUUACAAUGAUUGAUGGCUCAGUGUGGCAGAAGAGCCACUCAAUGGUCUCCCCAUGCGUAAAUGACUUAGGGUUAGAGUGUCUGCUCGCACUUCAGCCGUUAUGAAACUUAUAAGUUUGGGUCGUCCUGUAAGUACGAUCAUUCAGUUGGUGGCACUGCACCUUCUCAGAUGGGGCUGAUCACGGAAGAUUCACAUGAAGGCUGAAUGAGUCCAUUCCUUCUGAUACAUCCAUUUGAACAGAACUAUGUGCACCUUUAUCACCUUCUAACCCAUUCAUAUCUGUUGAACUUACCUUCACAGCAUUUCCUUGUGGGAGCAGAACUGAAUGCGAUUGAUCUUCAUGUUCCAAGAUUACAUUGUCAGAAGAAGCAUCACGUGUCUGAUCCUGAUCCUGAUUAAUUGGUGAUAAGACUUCGCCAAAGUCAUCGUCAAUACUGCCCUUGUAUUUUAUUCCUCAAUACAUAGUGAUUACAAAUACUUGAAAACUUUUUGUACUCGAAGACUUUUGAAGGAUGGUGUGAUGUUUUCCACGUAUCAAGACUAUGGUUGCAGAAUAAUCGGAUGGUUUGUGAUAAUAGUAUAAAGUGACAUAUAUGUAAUUGCCAAAAACAUACUUAACAAACCAAUUCUCUAAUUUGUAUGUCUAAUUUAAGGUUAACUUCAAGAUUAAAACUUUGUGCAUUUUAUGUGGGGAAGCACUUAUAAACUUCUUCCAGGUCAUAGCAUUUUUUUAUACAGAUAUAGAAUACCAAAUUUUGAUCACUGUAUAAACUGUUACAUAUUAGUCUUCUUCAAUUUAGAAGGGUUUUAGCGUGAAUAACUGCAGUGAGUUAUGCUACUCUUGCUAAGAAGACUACGGUCAUGUCUCCGGAAGUAAUUGUUAAUGCUGGCAUUCCAUGUUACAGGUAACUCUUUUAUGUCUAUGCUCCAUGUUUUUAAUACUCUUCAAUCUUGAACCUGUAUGGAAUUGUAGCUGGAUGAGACUUAUCUUUCAUCAGUUCUACUGAAAAGCUAAUUUGCAGUUAUCUUUUUCUGCUGAAUGUUUACAAGAGGCCUGAUUCUUUCAUCUUCCCAGUUUCCCAUGUCCACCUUGAUCAUUAGGACUUUUUCACAGAACAUCAAUUAUAAAAAUGUGACUGUAUAGUUUUCUGGCAAUGUAUUUAUGUGAAUUUAAUCCUUUGUCAAACCAGGUUAGUCCAAAAUCCGGGAGAAUUUGUCUUCACCUUUCCAAGGGCUUACCACUCAGGAUUCAGUCAUGGAUUCACUUGUUCAGAAGUUUCAAAUAUCGCAACUCCUGAAUGGUUGAAGUUCGCAGGAAAAGAUGAAAUUCACCGGGCAGCAGUAAACUAUCCUCCAUUAGUUUCUCACAUCCAAUUGCUCUAUGAUCUUGCACCAUCAUUCUCUUCAGUGUGGUUCACUCUACAUGAAUUACAAAAUGUCGAGAAGUAUCAUAAUGAAAAGUCAUAUGCGAUAUGCAGAGAUGGAGACACAGAGAGGGACCGAGGCGAUUGAGAGAAGGGAGGGAGGAGAAAAGAAAUAACUGGGAGCAAGAACAUGCAUACACAGUAUUCAUGUAUAUUAAAAACACCUUCCGUUAACUUUAACGGGUACCAGUGAGCAUUGGACGAAGAAGUGAAGGGGAUUGCCUGGUAAAGAGGCUUUUUCUGCACCAUGUGACGCAUAAUACCAACCUGCUGCAUACUCUUGGGAAAAGAUCUCCCGCUAUACUUCUUCCCUGUGAUUUUAUCAGGAGAAGUUUUCCUGAAUUGCAUAAUGGUGCUAAUAUUCCCUUAUUAGCAAAAACAUUAAUUCUUCGUGCACUGUGACUUCUCAGAACCAUAACUUUUACACUCAAGAAAAAUGGACUUUUUUCAUGCUUAGCUUGUGGGGUUUUAUGUUUUUCUUGUGCUGCAAUCAUAGAACCUACUGAAGUGGGAAAGCAUAAUCUCGUCAGCUGAUUGUGGCAAUAUCAGAGGUAGUGGUGUUGUUUCGGUCGUUGCUGCUAGUAAUUGGUGGUCUCGUUCCCCAGGAUAUGCUAACAAUGUUGUGCUGGAUUCCGGCUUAGGGCGGAUGGAAGAAUACAUCUUCACUUGCUCUUAUAGCUUUGACCUAUGAGGAUGCUUCCGACUCUGAAAGUGAACUGAGAGAAGUUUCUGGAUGAAACAAAAGUAAUGGCUGAUGAACUGGUACGCCAGUAAAGAAGACAAGGAGAGAAUCAAAUCAGCUUUAGAUAGUGAAGGGUCCAUUCAUGGGAAUGUUGACUGGGCUAAAAAGCUGGGGGCCGAUCUUUCUUACAGGACCCUACCUAAGUCCAACAUUAAAGAGGAAGGCUAUGGAUGAUCUUGAGCCGACCAAAAGAAGCAAAGAUAAACGUAUUAUACAAUAAAAGAGGACUUUCAGAAAUAAGCUCAAGAUAAAGCCAAUCCAGGAUGAGACUCCUCCGCCUGAACACAAACAUGACUAGGGCACUAAAAAGCAAGAUGUCAAUAUUGAAUAUAAGUUGGAAGGUGGCCCGAGCACUAGACUCCGGCCAAGAACUGAAAAGCAGGCUCCAAAGGACCCCUGGACUUGUCGGGGAGAAACCUGAAGCAAAAAGUGCAUUGAUGAAGCAAACAUCCAGUAUAGAAGAACAAAAACAGCUUCUGGGAUCCAGGCUUCAGCUGGAAAAAGGUCCAGAAAAUCAGAGGUAGAGCGACAUUGAGGGCUGCCUGAUGAAAUUUGGCUCCAAAAAAGAGUUGGGGCUCCAUAAGAAAAAUAUUUGGUCAGUGAAGGGGUGCGGAAAGAAGUUGGCCUCACACAAGUAUCUGAUGGUGCACAAUCAGGAAGUGCAUCGUGAGGACCGUCCCUUACAAUGAACUUGGGAAGGCUACACCUGGACAUUUAAAUAGGCUUGGGCUCGGACAGAUCAUAUCGAGUUCAUACAGGUGUCCGUCCAUAUACCUGUGCUGAGACUGGCUGGCAAAACAUUUCGUUUUGUCAGAUUUCAGUCGCCAUAAGAGGAAGACCAGACACUCAGGGUAGCUCGAAGAAUGAGCACUGAAAGGCAUGAAGAAACAGAGAAACUAAGCGAGUUAACAUUAUCUAAGAACCUCGAUGCUCAUGUGCAGAGGUUGGUGUAGUUUCUAGUUUAACAUGUCCUUGGAAUGUCUUUGAUAUUACAGUUGAUUUAGCCUUCUUAAUUUCAGUAACAGACUUAUCAGCCACAUUGAAAUGUGCACAAUGUUGUCUUACAUUAGAUGGUCGAAAUUUACGUAUAACUCUGGAGUACUGUAGUUCUCAUAUCUUGA